ACAGGCAUUAUAAACGACAGUUGGAAAAUUUCAUUUCAUUGAAACACAUCUGUGGCGUUAAUAUAUAUACGCAGAACAAAGUAAAAACCAAGAGAGCAUAUAAUCGAAAUUAAGUGAAACUAAACACUGCACUAAAUUAUACUGAACAAGUUGACAUCUUUUGUAAGCCAUUGUCAAUUAUUAGGGUAAAAUACUCAGAAAACGAAAGAAAUGAAGUCCUUUAUUGCGGUCGCUCUGUUUGCGGGCAUAAUUGCUUUGGCAAAGGCUGAUGAUUACGGUUGCCACAAAAAUGUAACGUUUGGCUGCAGCAACAGUAUUUUAAAUCCGGUGGUGUGCCAUUCCCGUUAUGGUGGCAUUGAUAACAUUGAAUCCGGCCUCCAAUCUUACAUUAACUUGAAUCUGCACAAGUCCUACCAAUACCUAUUGAUGUCCACCUUCUACAAUUCCUACCAAAAAAAUCGUCCUGGUUUCCAGAAGCUCUACAAAGAAAUGUCGGACCGCUCCUUCGACGAUGCCAUUGAGCUGAUUAAGCAGGUCACGCGCCGUGGCGGUCAAGUUGACUUCCGUGCCAUUAGCCAACACCCCAACUCGAUUGCACAGAGCAACCUGAAAUUGGAAGAGGAUGAAUUGCACUCAUUGGGCAUCGCUUUGGACGUUGAGAAGACUUUGACCGAAGGUGCCUACCAUCUGCACCUCGAAUCCACACACGGACGGCCACACGAUCCUCAAACCGCUCACUUUGUGGAAGAGAAAUUCCUCGAGAGACAGGUUGACUCCGUCCGCAAGGUUUCUGGCUACGUUAACGACUUGUCAAAGAUCAUGAACCAACGCGAUCCCUCUUUGGGCAUCUACCUUUUCGACCAGUACUUGGAGAAGCAGUAAACAGCAAUGCAGCAGUAAAAAUCACGCACGGGCUCACAUGUUUGGAGUUGAAGUUGUGAAGUUCGUGCGAGAAACCUGCCCACAUAUAUCCUUCGUUAAGACACUAUACGUAUUUCUGUCAUAGCAUACAAACAAAACAAAAAUCAGCAAUGUAAUUAAAUUUAAAGAAAAAUAUAAAUUCCAAUUGAGCGCAUUUGCAUAGUUUUUGGCAGGCGCUUCUUCAAAAAUCUUCAAACAUUUAGUAUUAAAAACAAGUGCUAUAAUAAAUUUUGUAUUCUGCAUUCUUAUUACAUAAACACAUGAAAUUGAAAUUUUUUCUAAUGAAUUACUAUUAAACAAUUGAAUGUUAUAUUUAACUAAACGUAGGCCAUGUUUAUUUAUUUCCUGCUACUAAAUUGUGCUACUUGGUGCAAGAAAGAGUGUAAAAGCAUACCAAACAUACAAACAAAUUAAUAAACAUGCGAGCUACUAAAAAACUCAA